UGGUGCAGGCGCUGCGGGACGCCGAGCUCGCCGUGCAGGCCGAGCUGCAGCAGUGGCAAGGCAGGCUGCGGGACGCCGAGCGGGCACUGAGGAGGCUGCUGGCUGCCAUAGAAGAUGGCACCGUCUCGGAGACAGCCCAGCCCGACGGCCUGGAGGAGCUGCAGGACGCGGCCAGCCUGCUGCAGUUGGAGUGCACGCUGCCAGUGCAGCUGCGGGCAGAGGACGGCACACUGUGGGAGGCUGGCCUGCAGCAGGGCGGCCGCAGUCUGCUCCACCCGCUGCUGCUGCACCUGCACCGGAGCGGGGGCAUCGCCAAGGUCGGGAAGCCGAAGGAUGUUGCAGCUUCUGACGACUUCAGUCCAGCAGAGUAUCGUGAUGUCUCAGAGUAUAGCAAACGCGAGGAGCACAGCCAGGAGACGGACGAUGUGCUGAGGGAUCCGGACCUGGACAAGGUCAAGAAGCUGUACGGGGUGGACUGCGAGAAGCGGCCCAGCUGGUGCAAGGUGCUGCUGCAGCGUGUGGCCCCGCGCGUCGAGUGGCUGUGGAUCGGUGAGGCCCUCCGUGAGCACCUGGACGUGAUCCACGACAUGUCCGCACUGCGUUACUUGCGCGUCCACAUGGCGAAGUGUGGCACGGUGGCCCCGGACCUGCCGCUGCAGCUGGAGGAGCUGGUGGUGCUGAACGUCCCGGAGCAACACCUGCAGUCGGUGCAGCGCAUGCCCAACCUGCGCAAGCUCACCUUGAACUGGAGCGGUGAUGAGUUGGACGAGGCGUUCUUCUAUCUGCCCCGGUGCUGCCGCGGUGACACCUGGAACUGGAGCGGUGAUGAGAUGGACGAGCCGUUCUUCCAUCUGCCCCCGCACCACCGCGGCCUGCAGUGGCUUCAGGUGCUUCUCCGCCCCGUCUCCACCGUGCUGUCGCUGGCCACGGCCCACGCCGCCACCCUGCAGGAGCUGAGGAUUCUCUGCGCGUCGGAGGGAGACACGCCGUGGCACUUCAAGGACCUGGCCGAGGAGCUGGGGCGGUGCGGGCUGGUGGCGCUGCGGCGCGUGGUGCUGCUGCGAGGACCCGCUCCAGGCUUUCCCGACAAGAAGCUCCCCCACGGCAAGGAGUCGUGCCGACGGCAGAAGCACGCCGUCUGGGACAGCCUGGUGGCGGCGGACUCCAAGGCCGUCAGGGUGGUGACGGUGCUGUGCGGGGAGUGCGACAAAUGCCCGCCCUUUCCCACACUGGGGAAUUUCACUUGGCAAGACAAGUGAGUGGGUUUUGUGUGGAAACCUGUCAGCUAUCAGUCGCAACGUUCGCUCACGUUUUAACCUUCGGGAUGAUACAAUAUCUCACCUACUGAUACCUUCUCAAUUUUUGUGUUAGUACCAAGAACAUUUGUUUUGUUGAAUACGAAUGCUCCAUUGCAAUAUUUCAUUGCAAUGAAAGCGCCCCGAUUGGUGGUUGAAACUUAAGGGCGUUUAAGUACUAGGUAGGGGAAUGGCCUACGAACUGUUCUGUUACACCUUCGAAAGCUGUGUCAUCUGCAUGCCAUCUGCGUGAGGCGCCAGUGGAGCGGGAGUCAUUGGACACGCUUCAACGCGUCUGUUUCGGGAACAGUUUAACAGUUCAAUAAAGUGGUUUAUAUCUGGACUAGUUCUGUUGUCGUAUGUCGCAUGAUUUCCUUCACGAGUUUCAAGGCUGUCCUUCCAAAGAAUGUAAACGCUCAAGGUCAAGCCAGAGCCAGGAACGGAACUGACAGUGUGGGGGAUUGAAAUGGAUUCCGUGUUCGUCCUCAACUGCCUCGAGUAGACCGAAAACCCCUGCAGGCCGUUGGGUAGGCAACCCAACUGACGCCUCUGCUAGACGGGCUGCCUAACUGGCCCGGCGCCACGAGCUGGUUGCUUCCUACUUAACGCCUGUUCACUGAUAUUCGACAAAUGUGACGUCAUGUUCGUUACGCAACGUUAAUUUUGAACCUUCGUUUGAAUGUGAUGUCGCAUUCAUCAGGAUGUUGAUCUACGUGCGAAUGUUACAUUCUAACUGAACGGCCGUGUCACGUUGAAGCGAAUGUAACGUCGUAUUAAAAUGAUCGUGACAAAAUA